GUUGGAUCUACUACUUCCGAAAAUAUUAAAGCUUCUACAACUUCUACCGGGGAUGAUGGUAUCUUCAAAAAUACGUUGCUAUCUUCACUUCCUGAAAAGAUAGAUCUUCAGAACAACAACUCCACGGACAUCAAAGUUGGGACUUCUUCUUCAUCUUCAACCAAUACAUCGACGACCCUAAAAAAGACCGGGAUGAAGAUGUUGAUCCCAGACAAGAAAUCUCCUCUUCUGGUUGCAGCGACAUCGACGUCGACGACCACCAGUAAGAACACCCCACGAACUACAUCAAAUCCUGCUCCGAAAACAAAUCUGAAAAACCUGCACGUCCGCCCCAAGCGUCAGUUUCUUACGCUGGACAAAAUCCUCACUCUCACAGAUGAAACCCAUCGCGAGGCCUGCGAGCAGGUGGGUAAGACCCAGCAGUCACUGAAAAGCUGCAUCCGCCGGAUUUUCG